UUUUGGAGGGAAAAAAUUUCCCACAAUGAGCAGAAGACGCCACCAAAUCAUCUGUUCUUCUUCCUCCGACGACGAAGACAAUGACGAGAACUACGAUCCUCAUCAACUCUCUGCCGCCGCCGCCGCCGCCACCGCCACCGCCACCGCCACCGCCACUGGCAACGAAGAAAACCAACAACCUAAUAACAACAGCAACAACAUCGAAAUGGAAAUUCUAGAAUCUUCUAACAACUUCCAAUCCGUAACCCUAAAUUCUCCGAACCAAGUCCCUACUACACCUGUCAGUGAACCUAUUGGGAAUGUGGCGGUGGCAGCAGCGGAUUGUGGUAUUGGUAGGGUAUUGGAAGGAUUAGGGUUGAGAUUGCGGAGGGAAUGGUUAGAUUCGUGUGUUAGAGGACUUGAAGGAAGAGGGAGGUUUUCGGGAUUGGAUGAUACGGAGAAGGCGAAGAUGUCUUUUGAGCAGUUUUUGUAUUCGGAUAUGAAUUAUUGUGGUGCAGGAAUGCUUCCAAGAGAUGUUCAUAAGUUGCAUUUGGUUGAUCUUAAAGGACCCUUUGUUCUUCAGGUAGAUGAGAUUGUGAAUAUCAGUUGUCCUCUUCGAGAUAGGUACCAGAAAGCAGCUGCUGGAAUAAAGAGGUGUCUGAAAUUGUCCAUGACUGAUGGCAUUCAGCGUGUAUUUGGGAUGGAGUACAGGCCAAUAAAAGAUCUCGACGUUCUGGCUCCUUCUGGACUGAAGGUUGCUAUCUGUAAUGUUCACAUUAGGCAUGGACUUAUGAUGUUGGUCCCUGAAGUAAUUGAAGUUCUGGGUGGGAUGGUGGAAGAGUUAGAAGAAGCAAGACAGCGGCUAGUUAAUGAAAUAAAUAAGCCACCAAGGGGGAAAAGAACAAGGUCUGGAGUGGUUCCUCCUUUGGCAAAUAGAGCUACUAAUGCUGCAUGGCCACGAGAAGGUGUUACAGCUCCAGAGCACGCCGAUACUUCCUCAAGACAAAGUAUGCAUUUUCAGGUUCCUCAGCAAGGAAUGUCUGGCGUUGCUACUUCUGCAACAGAAGAAAUUCAUCCCAUUACACCUGGCUUGCCAUCUGCUCCGACAAUUACCACUCCUGUUUAUAGAAGAGAUGCUCAAUCUAAUUUUCCGUCUACUCCAGCUGUUUCUGUCCCAUUCAAUAUGAACGUUACUAGGCCUACCUUUCCAUCUCAUGCAGCUAGUCAUGCAGAGGAUAUCCAUAUGGCUGACAUGACCACUGAAUGCAUUGAUGUUCCAAUUAGAAGGGAACAUAAUGACCCUGUCCGUUUGUCUUCUUCCUCCAUGGAACUGGAGGAACUUCUGCCAGAUGUUAGAAGUGGCCCUGCCACACCUGCCAGUAGCAGGAGCAGAGGAAGUGUUCCUGUCUCUAGCGGUAGUGUCCAUAAUGAAGAUGUAGAGCCAGACUCAUUGUCUACUGCAGCAACUGACGUUGAAGAAAUUGAUUUGGUUGAUGAGUUGGACCAUCCAUUCAUUCUUUCUGGAGGGAAGGAAAACCCUUUCACUUACCUAGCCAGUCUGUCGGCUAAGCAGGCUGGUAUGAAUGGUAGUGCUUCCGCUGUUACAGGAAAAAUUAAGUGCUUUCUUACUGGUGUGAAGGGCUUUCAAUAUAGACAGACGAGUAAAUACGAGCUUCGGGUUUAUGUUGACGAUGGCAGCCUAAUCUCUGAGAUCCUUAUAGAUCAUUCUCUUGUGCAGAAGAAAAUCAGCUUUUCUCCUGAAGAGGUAACUGCUGCUAUUAGUUCUUCAGAUAGUAAACGAGUCAGUGAUAUGAAGGAGACACUGAAAUGUUUCCAGAAAUUCUUGAUUAAUUUUGAGGGAACAAUGCUUGUACAUUUGAAUGUAGGAUCCCCAGUUCCAGUUGCUACUGAAAUGAACCAGGGGUGUCCUGCCUCUGAUGCGCGAUUGCUUCUCAAAAGACUAAAGCCCUCUACUUCUCCGCGAGCACAUCACCUUCAUCAACCAGAAACCAUCUAUUUAUCCCCUUGACGUGCUGAUAUAUGCAGGUCAACUCGUUCUCCAUAGAACUUCAAAACCACGCGAUCAAGGUGAGUUACAUGACAUUGCUCAAUUCAGAAAGUUUGCAUGAGAUGACGCCCUGAGAAGCAAUGGUGUAAAUGCAGAAAUAGUUGAAACGAUUCGUCAAUUUACUUCCUUUUUUUGGUAGUGCUAGGGUGCACAAGGAGCUUCAUCCUAACCUCCUUUGAUGGAAUGGUCAAUUUUUUUUAAUUUAAAUAUGAUAGAUAUUGAAUUUC